UUCUGUGGGCCCCACCUCUUCCAUCUCUCUGUCGCCACCGGUUGCUUCGCUUUUCUCCUCUUCGUAGGUGUCCAAUAGCAAAACUUUAAUUCGGCUCCUUUCACUAGCUCCUACUCCCUCCCACACCCGUCCCCACGCUCGAGAGAAUAAAUUUGCCCUCCUUGCUUCCCGUACGGUCGUCAACCCGCUGCUUCCGUCGCGGCACUCAUUACCGUUACGGUGCGCCGGAAGGAAGCUCUACGAGCGCGUUUGGAAUUAUGGCGGCGGUCGAUAUCCGAGAUAACCUGCUGGGAAUCUCUUGGGUUGAUAGCUCUUGGAUCCCCAUUUUGAACAGUGGUAGUGUUCUAGAUUACUUUUCAGAAAGAAGCAAUCCUUUUUAUGACAGGACGUGUAAUAAUGAAGUGGUCAAGAUGCAGAGGCUAACAUUAGAGCACUUGAAUCAGAUGGUUGGAGUUGAAUACAUCCUUUUACAUGCCCAAGAGCCCAUUCUUUUCAUCAUUCGGAAGCAACAGCGGCAGUCCCCUGCUCAAGUUAUCCCACUGGCUGAUUACUAUAUCAUUGCUGGAGUCAUCUAUCAGGCACCAGACUUGGGAUCAGUGAUCAACUCCAGAGUGCUCACUGCAGUACAUGGUAUUCAGUCAGCUUUUGAUGAAGCUAUGUCAUACUGUCGCUAUCAUCCUUCCAAAGGGUAUUGGUGGCACUUCAAAGAUCAUGAAGAGCAAGCAAAAGUCUGGAGAAAAGCCUGUCCCAGUGGAUCAGACAAAGAAAGAGGCAGAGCCUCUACCAGAAACUGUGAAAUCCGAGGAGAAGGAGAGCACGAAGAAUGCUCAGCAGACUGUGAGCACUAAAGGUCCCCCUGAGAAACGAAUGAGACUUCAGUGAAUAGCGGACACGAAAGAAGCUGGCAAGCUCCUUGUCAGUCACUAUACCUCAGCACCGUGGGAGGCUCUUGAGUCUUAAAACACUAUCGCAGCCCUCUUAUUUAUGUGGAGCACUUGUUUUUUCCAAAAGGACGUUCUUCCUCCCAGGAUUUCUAUGUGAAUAUUUCUUACGUAUCUUUUGUAACCUUUCCUCUACUGGAUAUGGGCAGAGCACCUAACUCACAGAUACACCAAUAUAGAUCCUUAAAAACAAUAAAGUUAUUUGUAUAUAUUA